CAGCGAGCUAGUCUAUGCACAAAGGCACUGCCGCUGCAGUUCACACGCAAUGCAGCAGCUUUGCCACCAGUACAUGCGUGGAUUUUGUAGUUUUGGCUCGCGAUGUAGAUUUUCACACAACGUCGCGGAUGGUCGCCACCAAAUUGCUGGUCUUUCUUAUGGGCCUCGAGGCGGGCAAAGUGGCUAUAGCGAGCAGCAGCAAUAUCAUGCAGGACGCACGGCCGCCCCGCAUCCGCACCAGACCGCGCAGGCCCCGCAGGCGCGCGACUGGAGCGCAGCUGCGGCCCCAGUUGAGGCCUCGGCCUUGAAUUUCCGGUUCAUGUCGUGGAAUGUGUUAGCCGAUGAACUGGCUCACACGCAUCGAGCGGAGCUUUACCCGCACACACAACCGCGGCAUCUGGAAUGGCCGUUCCGGCUAGCGGCUGUGGUGCGGCACGUAGCGGAGCUGCGGCCCGACGUGCUGUGCUUGCAGGAGGUGGACGACUGGGCAGGGCUGCAGCGGGCGCUGUCGGGGCUGGGGUAUGAGGGCGUGCACAUGCAGCGCACCGGCGGCCGCGGCGACGGCUGCGCCACCCUGUGGCUGCGGGACCGACUGUGCGUCGCCACCGCCGCCGCCGCGGGGCAGCAGCAGCUGCUACAGCCGCCGCCACAGCAACCACGGCAGCUACAGCCGCCGCUGCCGCAGCAGCAGCCACAGGUGGCCUCGGCUGCCAGCGCUGCUUCUGGAGUGGUGUCGGGGUCGGGGUCGGGGUCGGGGUCUGGCGGUGGCGUGUACAAGAUCCGCAUGUGUGACCACGACCUCCGGGACAAUGUGGCGCUGCUGGUGCACCUGCGCCCGCUGACGCCGCGAGAGGCGCAGCAGCAGCAGGCACGGCGGCAGAAGCAGGAGCAACGACAAGAGGCGUCGCGCCGCCGCCGGCAGCAGCAGCGGCAGCCGGACGAACAGGACGGCAGUAGCGACAUGGAAAUCUCUGAGGGCGGCAGUAGCAGCACCAGCUCCGGAGGGGAGCAGGGGCAGUUUGUUGGGCAGGCGGCGGCGGCAGUAGCAGCAGCAGAGGCGCGGCGGGCCAAGCGGACCCGGGGCAGCUGUGAGGAAGAGGCGGGGGUGCUGCCCAGGUCGGCGGCGGAGGCUGCUGCAGCGGCGGCCAUGUCGGCGCUACGGCCGUACUCAGCAAAACCUGGGGCUGUAGCAGCUGUAGCGGGCGUGACGGCAGCCGCGCAUAUGGGCAAUGGGUCCAGAAGGGCAGUUGCGGCAGCGGCGGCGGUCAGUGUGGCGCUUGGUGGCUCACUGCAACAGCAACAGCAGCAGGCAGCCGGCAGGGGCUCGGCGGCGGCGCCAGCUCGGGGCGCCCACGCUGCCCACAGCUCUGAGCGCGGGGGCGACGGCGGGAUGGACACGUCGGCAGGACCGGCGGACGCAGGCAGCCAUGGCAGGGUGCUUCCGGAGCACAUCAACCGGGGCUUCCUGGUUGCCAACACGCACGUGCUGUUCAACACCAAACGCGGCGACAUCAAACUGGGCCAGCUGCGGGUCAUUCUGAACGAGCUGGUGGCGGCGGCGGCGGCGGCGGCGGCCGGGGGCGCAGGUGCCGAAGCAGAAGCCGCCACCUCCGUCCCAACAGAAUCCGGGGGCGCAACAGGCGUGCACAGGACGGGGGCGGAUGCGGGCGAGGAGGGCGAGGAGGACGAGGAGGACUCGGGGCGGCGCGGGCGCGCGCCGCGCCUGGGGUCCACUGCGGCGCACCUGCCGUGUGUGUUUGCGGGCGACUUCAACACGGCGCCCGGCAGCGGGCUGUACCGCUACCUGCGCAGCGGGCGGCUGGAGCUGGCCGCAGAGGACCGCCGGGAGCUGUCAGGCCAGGUGGAGGGCUACGGCUACGCUUCACUACAGCGGGACAUCCUCAACGGCCGCCGCCCGCGGCUGGAGCGAUGGGCGCCCCCUCCCCAGCCCCCGCAGCAGCCCCCGGAGCAGCAGCAGCAGCAACAGGAUCGGCAGGCUGAGCGGGCGGCGGGGCAGCAGGGCUCCGACAGCGACGGCGACGAAACGAGUGCCAUUGAGCAAUGGAGGCUACAGCAGCAGCAGCGGCAACAACAGCAGCAGCAGCAGCAGCAGCAGCGCCGCGGCGGGUACGGCGGAAGCGGCGGCGGUGGCCUUGGCGGGACUGCCGCGGGGGAAUAUGGAGGUGGUGGUGGUGGUGGAGGGAGAGCGGCGCCGCUGGUGCGCUGGGACCUUGAGGACCUAACGUAUGCGAUGGGGCAGCAGGCAGCAAUGGAGGCGGUUGCAGCGGGCACGGCCGCCGUCGCUGCGCGGUAUGGUACCGACAGCGCAGAAGGCGGCGGUUGGAUGUUAGGCGCCGGGGGAGGCAGGCAUGGCUGGGGCCGUGGCGGGGGCGGGGGAGGCGGGAGGGGGCGCGGCCGUGGCGGCGGCCAGGCAGGGCCGCCGCCGGGGUGGUGGGAGGCGGGCGGCGCGGCGGCGGCGGUGGUGUCUCACCCGCUGCAACUGCGCAGUGCCUACGCUGCAGCUGACGCCAGCGGCCGGGAACCGCUGUUCACCACGCUGCACCACCGGUAUGUGGGCACAGUGGACUUCGUGUGGUUCACACCCGGUGCAGGGCCGCUGCAGCAGCAGGUGCUGCAGCCGCGGUCACAGGAGCAGCGGCAACGUUCAACAAGUCGGGAUCGGAGGCAGGGGCGGUGGCAGGAUCAGGCUUGCGGCCCGCACGGAGAGGCUAUCGAGGCUGGGGCGAAGCAGAAGCAGCGGCGGCAGCGGUCUCGGCACAGGGGCGGCGACCUUGAUGCGGAAGAUGCGGCCGAGGUGGGGGAGCCCCGGAGUGACGGGUGGCGGCUGCAGCCGCUGCGUGUGCUGCUGCCGCCAGACCCGCUCGCGUUCCCGUACGGCAUGCCUUGUGCGACUUGGCCCUCGGACCACGUGUCUCUUGUGGUGGACUUCCGCCUGUCUUGACGAUGAGCGCUGUGUUGAACUUUGCAACUAAAUGGCAGGCGCCAUCACUGUUGUGUGUGUGAAGUGUGGCUGGUGAUGUAGCUGGUGUAGGCGAAGGGGUCACUGCUGCUUGGGGUGGAGUCGUGUCUGGUGGUCCCCUAGAGGCUAAAGUCUUGAGCGUGCCGGACACAUGACGGUGACCGGCGUAUGGUGCGAGACUGCGAGUGCAGGUAGGACUGUUGGACACCGUCAUGACGCGUGGCUGACCCGUUAGAGUUCACUGAACCGGAGGGAUGCAGAGUAUGUCGCUACCGCCCAGCAGCUGGGCACGCGAUGUGGUCCGGAGCUACUAAUUUGGGCUAGCCUGGGUGCAGGGGGGGCAGUAGGAUGUCGCCCCAGGGGGCAGGGGCGGCAGUAGGAUGUCGCCCCAGGGGGCAGGGGCGGCAGUAGGAUGUCGCCCCAGGGGGCAGGGGCGGCAGUAGGAUGUCGCCCCGGGGGGCAGGGGCGGCAGUAGGAUGUCGCCCCAGGGGGCAGGGACGGCAGAAGGAUGUCGCCCGGAUGGACUAAGGAUUGCGCCCGCUCGCACUUCAGAUGGCACCCAGACGCAUUAGGGAUGACACUCAUGGGGAUCACUGCACACUUGCGGAUCGUUUGCGUGGCGGGCGAAUGGUUCAUGCGGACUGUUUGCGUGGCCACCACUCCGUCUUUCGAUCACUUGAUAUCUUCUACAAUGACGAUGUCCGAAGUCUAGGUAGUCCCGUAAGUCCCGGCUGAGCUCGUUUCACCAUUUACUGCCUGGACUGCAAUAUAGUAACAAGACUUCAGCUAAACGGAUACAUUAGGCGCUCCUGUAAAACUUUUUAUGU